GUAGUUUGUAGUAACAUUUUAGCGACUCCCUUUAAAAUUUCAGCCUUUAAAUUGUGUUUAUGAAAUUAUGACUCAUUGCAUUUAGGUAUGGUUAAGUUACUGUUAGAAUUGUGAUUUUGCCGCUUUUAUUUUGAAAGAACGGGACCGGAUGUUUUUUGUGUAGCGUGGAACAUGAAAUGUGCGAUGAAAUGUGCUAGCAGUUAGCUAUUUGAAUGGGGAUUAUAACUAUUUCAUGUUAUAUUUCCUGAACUCAAAAUGAUACAGUGUAUGAAUAUAUUGACCUUAUUCUCAGAAAAGGCUUCACUACACUAUAGUGUUAUGCUACGGAUAAGCUAACGUUAGCUAACUAGCUAGCUAGCUGACUGCGUUACGUUUAUUAUAUCAUAGACAGUAUAUAGCUGAACGAUUAAUAUACAGUACAUUCUAGCUAUGUGUUAUAGCUAGGUCACAGGAAACUCCGACACAACCCAAAGUCGAGUCAUGUUUAGAUUUUAUUUUUGUCACAAAUGCCGUUAAAUGGUAUAGAAACAGACACUUUAUUGUCCAAUGCUAUAUAAAAUAUGGAUAAGUCCACCGUGUUGAACACAAUAGGUGGAGAGGGUGCAGAUAAAUGUUUUAUCUGUCUGAGCCCCUUUGAAAAGCAAGCAGUGGCCUCUCUGGAGAACUGCCAGCAUGUCUUUUGCCUUGAAUGUAUUCUGCAAUGGUCCCAGACAGCCAACACCUGCCCAGUGGAUCGGAGCAGUUUUGCUUUCAUCCACCAGAGAUGGUGUCCUGGAGGGGACAUUCAAAAGAAGAUCAAAGUGAGGACGAAGAAAAAGGAGGAGGAGGAUGAUGAUGAUGAAGAGGAGGUGAGCAAUGCUGUAAUCUGUGAGGAAUGUGGACGCAGCGACCGCAGGCACCGGCUGCUAGUGUGCAUCCGCUGUGAUUCAGGGUAUCAUAUGGAGUGCUUGACGCCAUCUUUAAACACAGGCCCUGACGGUGACUGGAUGUGUGCUGAGUGUGCGGUCAGUCCUCAGCAUACAGACGCCUCCGUGGUGGAGGGGGAGAUCAGUGAUGGAGAAUUAACAGACCUCCUAGCUGAAGCAGAUGAAACUGCGUCUACCAGCGGUCGCCUUCGGCCCUCCACCAGAAAUCGUCCCAGCGGCUACGGUGAACGACGACACAGCCAGAGGAUCCAGAGCAGGACCAGCAGCAGUCCUCCUCCUCGUCCCCAAACCUCCUGGCGUGUGCCUAAAUACCUGUUAGGGGCAUCAACGCCUGCCGUCACAACAGAUGAAGUAGCUGCACUACAUCCCAGUGACAGCAGCAGUGCUUCCGUCACGUUAAAGAGGAGAAAAAGAAGGAAGCGUGCAACUUGAGCUCCUGAAGCUUCUGACAUCAACAAGAGUAGACGUUGGAAGUUGGUGUGUGUCGUCACUGCGUGAUAAAGGUGCUCCUGUCUAAAGAUGACCACAUGGUGGCAGCAUUGUGUUAGCAGUUGGGUGUUGAGUUCCAGCCAUAAACAUUAUGCCAAAGCACCUUCUGCUGUUGCUA